CUCAGGGACCUGAAAAAAAAUACUAUUUCUAGUUUUUAGAAGACUAUUUUAUACUUCCUUAAAAAAGGAUAGUCUUGGCUGAUGUACUCAUAAUGGAAUAAUAAUGACAACUUGACAUGGGCAAAAGCAUUAUAUAUAAGUCCGAAAUGAGAAGUUGUCAAAAAGUAUAAUGGACAGCCAGCAGUGAUGUAGCUGAUGUAGAGACAAGACCAUUAAGUAUCUUAAAGUUUAAACUGGGCAGCCCCACUGUGAAACAUGCUUGAAAGCCCCUAGUAGGUUGCUAAGGAGCCUUUGAAAGUACAUGAUGGUAAAUUAAGAAAAAAUGUUAAUUUAAAGUACAAUUUCUGAAUAGUAACACAAGCAGACCCUCAGAUACCACUCUCACCUCUAAUACAACCAUUAGUUCUUUCUUGUACUGCUGUUCUUUUGUUCUUGUCCCUGGUGAAAUGUUACAGCACUGUUCACAGUGCCCAGCACUGUCACUUUUGUGACUGGGACCUGGACGAGGUGGCUGAAGCUGUCAGUUACCUCCUUGAAAAAUGUACCAGGUAAUUACUGAAGUCUGUGCCUGAUUCUUGGUUUUCUAACCCAUGUUGGAUGGUGGCAUUAUUUUCCUUUUAACCCUUUUCACCUCUUUUUUAAUGUAAGAAGACAUGUAAGUCCACAUUGUCUGAUUUAGACAGUGAUGCUUCAAGAUGCACACUUACUUACGCUAUGAAUAGUGAGUGUGGAUAACCACAGUUAAACUGUAUACAUUAAUCCCUUGGAAGGGAGUGCUAGUGAUGUGAAGAAUCCGAGAAAAUCAGGCCUUGCAACAAACCACUUAAAUGUGAAUUGAGGUGUUGUCCAACUUUAACCAUAUGUAUAUGAAAAAUGUGUUUCUGCUCUGUCCUAAAAGUAGCAUAAAUGGUUUAAAGAAGAAUUCAAAACAGAUCUCAAAGUUCCAGCUGCUCUAGCAAGUAGUAAGAAGAAUCUUCCUUUUCCUUCGUAUUUGCAAUUUAUUUAAAUUUUGAUUCUUUUAUAGGGCAAGACUUGGAUUCUGGUGCCUGUUGGCAGUGGGACUGUCUGCAGGUUCAUACUUGCACACCUGAAAUAGAACGGUUCAGUUUCUUGGCUGGUAUCAGUCUGAGCUGCUGAUGAAACACUUCAACACAGCCCAAGGCAAGUCUUGUAAAGAGUUUAUGGGAUUGUUAAACAGCUUAUAUUAAUGUUAGGACAUUUGUAUUCAGUCUGAUCCCUUCUAUCUGGAGUUAGAAUAAGUCAUCUAGAAUAGAAUGGGGUAGAAAAAGGAACUUUCAAAGGAUCACCAAUGAGGCUAAGUCACCAUGUGAAGCAACUCCCUUCUAUAAAGGGGAAGAAAAGGGAGCCUAGAGCAAUGGUAAUGUAGCUCUUGCAGUUACAUUUCAAGUUGGGGGGAGUGAAUCCAGGUCUUAAUGUGCAAGUGACGUUUGCUGUCUGUCCUACAGCAGAAGUCCUUUAAAUAACAAUUGCACAUUUAGACUGGCUUUGAUCUCUUAAAGCAAGAAGGUGAAUUUAAAGACAAGCUUUUGGUUUAAUUAUUCUUUUUUUCCCUGUUGUAUCUCUAAAAUUUAGAAGUGGAAUUCUGCUCAUAAUUUAUAGCUUCCCCUCCCCACAGUAAUUAUUUCAGAAAAGUUUACAGGACCAAACAUCUAAGACUGUGGCUGCCUGUCACCUCUCUAAGUCCUAGGUAUUUACAGAUAUUUGUCUCUGGAGUGUGUGGAUCUGGUUUAAGUCUCUCGAUUCAUUUUGGUGAACUCUAGGCACAGCAGACAUUGCAGUUAAUUUAGCAAGUAACCAUGUGGAGAAGUGUGGAAAGAGCUUGCAUGCCACUUUUCCAAUUACAUCAGUUGGUCUAAUAUCAGCUAUUCCCUCUCUUUCACGUCUCCUUAAAACAUCACCAUCACCAGGGCAAGACAUGUGCCCAAAGUGACAGUCUCAGGAUCUUUGACAGUUUGGCACAAGCCCUGUGUGAUUCAGAAGGUCUGUUUUACAAAUUAGGGCACAAGUGAUGGCACUUAACCCCUUGUAGAAGGAGCUAUUCAUUGCUUCAUGGUCUUUAAAAUGCUGAUGGGGCUCAGCCUGUUCUCUGAGCAGAAGCUGGAGUCUGGUAGUGGCGAGGAGGAGGCACCUUUUCUGACCUGCACAAACUGCUCCUGCAGGUCCAGGCUGCUGAGCCAGAUGGUUAAUGGCACCUAACAGAGAAGUUGGAGUUGAUGGGUUACAGGGUGGUCGGGGUGCUGACCCCACUCCCUGGGCCAUGUGUGGAAUUGCCUAGCCCACCCUCGGACUUACUAGCCCGUUAGAAAUUACUGUGCUGCAUCUCUGCUGCAUUCCAUGCCAUCAUGCCCAGGCUUGAGCUGUGGCUUUGCUCUUUCAAAAUGCAAAUGCAUACUGUUAGGGCAAAGCAGUUCUGAGUCUCCUCAGGCACUGGCUGAAGGAAAAGUUUUAUAUCUGACUCUUCUGGGCUGACAUUUAGCUAUGCAGGAUAUGGUCUUGCUCUCAUUUCAUGCUGCCUGCCUUCACCACAAAUCCUCCUACACACUGUGCAACAAGUAUUUACAAGGCUGCAGCUCUAUGGUCUCGUCUUUCCACUCCUGACAAAGGGAGGUGAGCCCUUCUCCCAGACAGGAUAGUUUCCAUGUGACUAAAGACAGUUUUGGGAAGGGCUGGGGCAUGCUGGGCUUUGAUGAUGUAAGGGGCUCCCUGCAAUUUUCAUUGAGAUCUGGUUGGCUGUGAGCUGGCAGAAAGCCUUAGAUACGCCUCCAACUUAGAUGAGGUCAUCCCUGCCUCUUUUGGGGGGAGCAGGGGGAGCUGCUUCAGAAAGUCUGUGGUGUCAGAAAGCUUAAGGUCAACAUGUGAAUUCCCCCACCACUGUAAAUUUCUGGGUGCAGGAGCCCCCUUCUUUCCCCUCUCAACUGCACCCUUUCUCAGCAUCACCACAGACUCUGCUUUCCCUUUAAAGAGAGAGGAGGAGCACAGGGAAGAUGCAUUUACCGCAGUGGAUUUUGUAAAUGACUCUCGCAUUCAGGUCAGAGGGAAGUGUUUGCUGGCAAGGCACUGCAGAGCUGCCCGGACCUAACACGAGUGUAAAGUAGCUCCAGGACAGAAGAAGCUCCAGACCCUGCCGCUGCCUGAAGUGAAACUACUCGCACUGCCCAGUCUCUUCGUCCCUUCCCCGCCCUCCCACCGUAUGCCAUGCAGAGAUGCGUCCAGCCAGUAGAGGACGGGUUAGGUUUCACCGGCUGUCAGUCAGCAGGGGUUGCCACGCUCGGGACGAGCUGAUCCCGAAAUAAGGACUGACCCUGGCUGAGAGCAUAACGCGCACAGCUGAGGGUGCCCUGCCCCGGCCCCGCACCGUGCCUGGAAGCAGCACCUGCUCCGAAUCUUCCUCCCUCCGGUUCCGGCGCCGGGUAAUCCCGCGUUACCUCCUGCGGAGAACUGCCCACUAACUUCGGAGCCGACGCCGGGUCUGCCUGCACGGUUGCGGCAGGAUGGGGGUUGCAGCAUCCCCCUUCUGCCCCCGGGGCAGCCAGCCCCCUCCUCUUCCUCCUCCUACCGCAGAGCCCGGCGCUGGAGCCGCUGUGGCACAGCCUCUUCGCCAUGUCCUGCCAGGGGCGGAGAGCCCUCCCAGGAGCGCCUGAGCGCGGACCGAGCCCCAGCACCGCGGACAGCUCCCGGCCACCGGCGCGACGAGCCCCAGCACCGCGGACAGCUCCCGGGGGGCCAGGGCGCGCUGCCGGCGGUAGGUCUGUCGAUCAGUGCCCUGUUCCGGAGCUGCUCCGUGCCCUAGCGCACAGGUUCAUUGCGACCACGCACCUCUCUCGCGGUGCCAGAACAGGGCUUAUCUUUCAGCUCACAGUCUGUCUUCUGUGGAUCGGGAUUUACAAGUGUGGACGGUGCCUGAUUACAGUGGUAUGUGAGUCUACAGACCCUGAGGUGCACUAGAGAGUUAGAAAGAAACCUCGGAUCUGUCGUGCUGUGGAGGGGUCAGAAAAACCCUGUACAACCAGCAAACCCAGCCCAAGCCUUCCAGCCUCCCUGCAACCAACUUCACCCCCUCAACCGCAAGAAUUCCCUCCUUUCAUCCUCCCUCCAUGCUCCUUCCUUCAGAGACUGUAGGAUGAGGCAUUUCUUUCUAUCUGGCUCAGGGUAAAAGCAUACCCUGGGGGCAGCAACACACAUCUGGCAGGGACUGAAAGGUUUUAAUCCAGCCUCUACUUCAAUCAACAAUGGCAAAUGAACCAGUGAUUCUGAAUGUUUAUGACAUGUACUGGAUAAAUGAAUACACCUCCACCUUGGGGAUUGGUGUCUUCCACUCUGGCAUCGAGAUCUACGGCAGAGAGUUUGCCUAUGGAGGGCAUCCCUACCCUUUCAGUGGGAUUUUUGAGAUCACACCUGGCAGUGCGGUAGAACUUGGCGAGACCUUUAAGUUCAAAGAAUCCAUUGCCUUGGGCACCACAGACUUCACAGAAGAGGAUGUGGAUAAGAUUAUGGAAGAGCUGGGCAAGGAGUACAAGGGAAAUGCAUACCACCUGAUGCACAAGAACUGUAAUCACUUCUCUGCUGCUCUGGCUGAGAUUCUGUGUGGGAAAGAGAUCCCCCGCUGGGUGAACCGCCUGGCCUACUUCAGCUCGUGCAUCCCCUUCCUCCAGAGCUGCCUCCCCAAGGAGUGGCUGACCCCAGCAGCCCUGCAGAGCCACAUCAGCCUUGGCCUCCAUAAGGAGGAGCAGGAAGACACAAUGGAUGAGGAGUCCCCCUCCACCUCCACAGCCCACUCAGCCUCAGGCACAUCGAGAACCUGUAGACAUACCCGUGUCUAAACUGUGCCCCAUAUGCCCUCAAAUAACACCCUCCUUUCUCUUGUACUAUUUCUUUCUCACACCCUUUUGCACACCUUGGUUUCUUUCUUCUCUUCUUCAAUGGACAACACAGGAGUGGGAAGACCCUUUCUAUUAUGGAGGUGAAGCUUCAGUCCCUUUUUCAAGGGUUUCCACUAUAGUUGCUCAGCAAAAUGACUGUGAACCCCAGUGCUGAGCUGAGGAGCAUGGCAACUAAACUGGAUUCUCUUCCCAUGGUUCCUUGAUCAUGCUCCUUGAUCAACAGAGAACUGCUGGCUCUCUCAGGCAUAAAGGCAUGCAUACGGGCAAGGGGGCACCAUACUGUGAUGUUCCUUCUCUGGAACUGUUUUAUCUUUUUAUCUCUUUCCCCACCCAUGUGAGCCCAGCAGCCUCCUCCCUAUUUUGGCUGGGCUUGCCAUUCCCUUAUGACAAAUCUCCUGCCCACAGCCAGUGAAGGAAGCAGAGCCAGAACUCAACCUGCUCAUCUCUUAGACCAGCAACAAGCUCCACUCAGUCCCAUCUGUUUUGCAAUUAUCAGGUUUCUAACUCAUGUGAAGGACAAAUGAAAGGUGCUGCUGUUCACAGCCACCAGUUUUCAGUACUUAAAUUUAAGAGCUUGAAUGACUGUCCUGCUCUUGAAAAUAAUAACAAAGAACCUAGAAAAUGAA